AUGGAGGGCUCCAAACCCACAUCCCGAGAUCACUCAACUGCCUCCAGAGCUUUUAACACUAACGGUAUAAUUUAUGAUAAUUCACCAUGGAGGCCGGGAAGAGAGCCAGCGGAGCUUCGAGAAAUUUCAGAAAACAAUGACAGGAAAAUAAAAAAUGUUGCUACAAGGAUAAUGUCAAAUGGGGUUGAGGUUUUAGUAAGAGACAAAAAUUCUGAUGGAAAACACGAUCAGACAAAAUUUAUGGAGAUUAAAACAAUACAGCCAUCGGCGCCAAGUAAUAUGUUUGUCAGUAGUUUUUCAAAAAUUGACAAAAGAAUCGAUAACAAAGAGGAAAAUUCACACACCUUUGAUUUGAUUCAACCAUCUGAAGUUAGCCAACCGCCAUGUUCUCUUUCCUGUUCUUGUAGCAAUACAAAAACAGAAAGUUUGAAAACACAAUACACGACUUCAUUAUCAGCUUCAGAGAAAUAUAAUACGAAAACAUCUAACUACGGUUUUGUCAAAGUUGAUGUUCGACCUACGCAAAAAGAAACAGACAACCAAAGUCAGUAUGAACAUGAUGUUAAAGUACAUUCAGCGCCAACAGACAAAAUUGUAGAAAAAUAUACGGAAUUCGUCAAUGACUACUCGGAUGAAAAAGACGCAAAUUCUGUUAAAGAAAGUGAUUUACUUACUAAUGAACAAGCACCAACAGUAUCAAAUAAAAAUAAAAUAAGUAACAGUAAAGUACCUGAAGAUAAUAAAACAGAAAAGCCCGUUAAAACUAAUAAGAAUAAAUUUGUUGUUGCUGAUCUCUUUAAAUUAGGAUCUUUAGGUAUAAAAGGGUUAUCACAAUUGGCCCCGGUUAUAGAAAAAAUGACGGACACUUUUAUGAAAAGGCAAGAUACAAAUAAAACAACAGCAACAAAUAUUAAACCAAUAAAAAAACUAACACCUUACAAUGCUAAUGAACGAGUUGACAGUGACUUAGAUUUAAAGCAUAACAAUUUUCCAAUUUACAUACCAGUUGAUGAAAUGGAAACUUCUGAAUCACAAAUUGCCUUUACAAAUGCUACUUUACAUCAAAAUUUUGCAUGGGCUUCAGAAUUAAAGCAACCAAAAUCACGUAUAGCUCCUCCAAAAAUAAUUCAUGAAAGUCCUUUAGUUAACGGUGGAAUACCAAUAAGUCCUGGUGAAAUUAUCACUGCAAACUCUGACGUGAUAGUAGGUAAACCAGCUGUUGGAGGACCAUUGACUUUGGUAGCGAGUGGAAUUAAAUUACAGAAUCCCGUAAAUCCUCCUCCAAUCGAUAAUUUUAUGUCAAACAGUGAAUCGUAUUUAGUAGCAGAAAAUUCACCUUUUAACGAAAAAUCGGUUUUACCAUCAACAGUUGAUGACUCAUUUGACUUAAGACCGCCUGACUUACCAAAAAUAAAAUCAAAUCCAACCAGAGAUCACCACAGACAAUCAAUUCAUAAUAUGCAAAAUCUGUUUAAUAAAAAGAUUCCUUCAGUAUUAUUACAUCAACAAAAAGUUUCAUCUGAACCAGUUAAAGAAACAUCUAUAGGAAACCAUGGCAGCAUAUCAUUUAUGGAUUAUUCUUCAUCAUUAACAAAACCAAAUAAAAACCUACCUUUCGAACAACAUGUCGAUUUUCGUCCUUCCAAUAAAGGAAACCAAAAAGAAGAAAAUGUUAUUGACAACAAUCCUAGCGCCUCAGAAAUAAUAAGUACAAGUGUAACUACUGAUGGGGAAUAUGCUGUGUCUAUUAGUCAUGAUUUAGUAAACAAGCCGUUUCUGGUAGACAUUCAACCUUCAAGGGUUGCUAAUGUUAUUAUACCACAUGGAAGCUCCACAGCAUUAGUUUUUGCUGGGUCAUCAGAACCUCAUAAAACUGGUGAUUAUAUUGAUGAUCCACUUCCCUAUCCUGAACCUGGCUAUUUUGGAAGUUUUAGUAUAGAUGCACCACAAAUGACUUAUGUUCACAACUUUGCACCUAACAAUAAACCAAUUUUAGUGAAAUCAAGCAAUCCGUCAACCUAUCAAGGACAACAAUUAAGAAAUGAUUUCAAACCCAAAUGGAAAGAUACUGAACGUCCUGCAGAUUUCAAUACUAUGCCAGCAUCUAUUAGUAACCAGGAAAUAAAUAAGCAAGUUGGUCCGCAGAUCCUUUACAAUCCUGAUAUUUAUAAAAGUGAUGCACAAAAAUACAAUGUGGUUGGAGAAAACGAUAAGUCUAAAAGUGGAAAAGAGGUAAUUGACAAAGAAUAUGAAAACUAUUUAGCAGUCCCUCCUCCUCCACCAUCAAAGGUGCAACUAAAUCAUGAUAAUCGUUUCGAUAAAAAUAAGUCCUAUAAUCAACGUCCAGUUAUUCAUUCUAAACCAAUUCAAGACAUGAAAGUGUUUCUAAACAUGCAACAUCCAAUGUCAAAAGCACCAAAUCACGAUCAAAUGCCUCCUAAAGUUACUUCUGAAAUUUACUUUGCAGUGCAAAAUCCAAAUAGUAAACUGAUUCCUCCGUACAGGAUUCACUUACCACACACGCCUUCAUUAUACGAAAACAAAAAUGUGAAUUCACCCGUCAGUAAUACGCAGUCAAAUAAAAAUUAUAAUUCUCAUAUUGAUCAAGGUUUAUUGGCAAUGAAACCGGGGCCAAAUGUAAAUGCAGAAAAUUUGUCAAAGGCUGAUGGUGACAUUAAAAAUAUCGGACAAAUGAUAACAUUUGAUACAACUUAUAAUGAAGCCAAUAAUAACAAAUAUAGUCAAAAUUUAAGUAUGAGCUCAACAAGCACUCCUCAAUUAGAUCAAUUUAAUACUGACAUACCCAUAGGAACAAACAUUGCUAUUAGAGUUGAAGACGAUCCUUCUAGAUAUGAAAGUAUAGCAAUACAUAGUAAUAAAAAACCUAACAUUUAUGAUAACCAUGGACGUACACCCCCAAGAAUUUUACUACAAAAUAAUCAGUGGAACAAAACUGAAGUCCCAAGCGAAUUUAUAUUCAUUCCUGCUUUGAAUAAUAAUGUCAUUGAAGGUCAUAUAAAAAAAGAUAUAUAUCCUUCUUUGCCACCAUCAUUUAAUAGUCAUGCAAAUUUUCCCAUGAUAAACGAUUAUACAACUUCUAAAUAUGAUUUUGUUACACAAAUUAUAAGCGAAUCCGAUAAUACUAAGGUGCAAGGCGAUCAAAAGAGACCUGCAAAACUAAUACCAAAUAUUCCAACAAAUUCACAUAGUUGGCACUCCAGUAUGCCUGUAAUACCUGAGAAUGGCAACAAUUUAAAUAAAAUUAAUAGUAUAUAUUAUGUUGAGGCAACGACAAGAAAAAUCAUACCUAUUUCGUUUAAUUAUAAUAAAGAAAGUGUCCCAGAAUUUGGGGAAAAAAUCGCAGGCAUUGGUAAACCUCCAGUUUGGCAGAAUAGCCAAGACUUUACAAGUAAUUUAAGUAUUGGGCGACCGUUUUCAAAAUCACAAGUAAAUAAAGACCCAAGUUCUAGUAGUUCAAUGUCUACAAUUAUUAAGCCUAACUACAGUGAAAAUUACUUACCUUCAAAUUUGGAACCUAAACAACCAGCGUAUGAAAUACCUAUUAAAGAUAAUAGUCAUGAAACUACUACCGCUAAGAUUGUAAAAAAUAAAAAAGAAAAAUUAAAGCCAGUGUAUGAAAACUCCGAAGAAGUAUACGAUGGUGAAGAAGAGUUUGAACACAAUGAUAGUGCAGAUGGAGAAGUAAGCUUAGAGUCAAUUAAGGUACCUGUUGUGACAUCUUCUAGCGAAACAGAAAAUACUUCGUUGAGCUCAGGCGAUAUGAAUUACCAUAGAGGCCAAGGAUUUCAAACAAACACUCAUUCAGUCAGUUAUUACUCAGGAACUCAAACAGAAAAACCUUUUAUUACUUACAAUAACAGUCAAGGAGUUCGAUCUAAUACAAUAAAACCGAAUGACUAUGUGAGGAACACAUAUAUGAAGCCUAGACCUUUUAAAAUCAAUACCAUAACACCUCUUGAUCACCAAUUACAGCAGCCACAUUGGCAAAUAAAUCAAUUAAUGGAAAAUUCUACUAACAUGUCUUACGAAGAAACCCUGGAUCUAAAUAUAGGCGAAGAAAUGAGUACUACACAUAUGCCUUCUUUACAAGCAACUAGUUCUAAAAAAGAUAGUUCAAAAGAUUUGCUUAAGUUAGACCAUCAGAAUAGAACACAGGUAACAAAUGAAACAGCUAAUAUAAUUACAUCUACCGUGCAUAUAAAAGAUAAAAAACCCCUACUAUUAGAGGUGACCGAAAAAUCUAAUUUGCCGAGCUUUACAAUAACCACUGAUUUAAAUCACAAUAAAUCCAGUGAUAUUAUUAAUUUAUCACCUCCUCCACCCAUAUUUGAUUUUAGUUUUAAGCCCUCAACAAAAGAUGAGAUUAUUAUGGGAAUGAAUCCACCACCACCGAGAACUCCACCUCCAAAAUAUAUGCAAAGAGUGCCCCCAACUUCUCGCCCGAGAUUACCUGAUCGAACUCCUCCUCCGUAUAGAACUAUGCCACCUAGGGUGCCUACCCAACGACCUAAGAAACGACCUGCAACUAAAGAUGAAAUAUCUACAUACAGACCUACAUUCGAUUUAAUAAACAAACACAUUCGGCCAAACUUUAAUCGCAAUCAGCCGUCAUCGCAGCUGCUUCCCCCUCCAAUAGAUAAACCUUCAAAAAUUAUAACGGCUGUAGAGAUAGAUAUACCACCGCCAUCGGUAUCUAUAUCAUUAGAUUCUAAUAUUGUUUUUCCAACACCCCUUUCUUCAGGUUGGAUGACAUCAACCAGCGUUGACUUUUCCUCAAAAUUCAAUUUUGCUCCAACUUCCAUACAUUUUCCAAAACAACCUGAAGCUUCUACAGCAGUAAAAAUAUUUGAUACAGUUUCAACCAAAAAACCAGAUUAUGUAUAUUCUUAUGAAAGUGAAUCUUCUAUUGAAAACAUUGGUAGCUCUGAAUCAAUAUUACCCGAAAUAAAAGCUAAUAUAUCAGUCUCGAAGGAAAUGAGUACUGAAAUAAGUAAAGAACCAUUUACUGAAAAUUCAGAAAUCCAAACUAACAAUAUCGUGUCAGGCAAUGAGAUCAACAAUCAGUUAACGAAUAAAACGAAAGUAAAUCCCAUGGGAAAUAAAAACAGGACUCGUAAACCUUUUCCUAUUCAAAGUGACGAUAAAAAACCAAAUACCAGUAAAAAUAAACACUCUAAACCUCAAAUCAAUAUUACACCUACUCGAAUUUUAAGUCGUCCGGAAAUUUUAUAUCCGCCUAGAGUACCAAACCGAAAAGUUGUAAAACCAAUGCCACCGAAACCUAUAAUUUCCGUAGCAACUCCUGUUUUAGAAAGUUCAGAAUUAUCAAUUAUCGACGAUUUUAUAGAACCCACAGACGUGUUGAAACAAACUGACUUGACAACAAUAUUACUUUCUGAAACUCCUACUUUGUUUGAAAAUACCAAUAUUCCUACUUCACCAUUAGAGAACAAGGUAAAUAUUUCGAGUAUUCUUCCUACACAUCACGCAGGCAAUGAAAUAAAAAUAUCAGAUGACAUUAUUCCCACAAAGACAGAAUUUAAGACUACUGUAGUUACUUUAACAAAAACUUUGUCAGAACCACCACAAAUAGUUUCUAGUAUCGGUUACUUUAAUCUGACUCAUACGUUAACUGUAACACAUACAAAAACAAGUCUUAUAAGCCAAUCAGAAGGGGCCAUUACACAAACGUUGGUGGUAACAAAUACGCAGACAUCGACUGUUGUUGAUGUUGUAACUGAAAUUCACACACAUGUGCAACCAACAACAAUUGUAGAAACAGUUACCAAACAUAUUCCUAUUCCGCAAGUUCAACCAACACCUAUCCAAGUAAUAAAGAAGACCAAAGUAGCACUGGAUGAUAUUUCUAUGUCAUCUGAAGAGCACGAUAAUUUAAACAUAAAAGCUGCUGAAACAAUAGAAAAUAUUCAAAAAAUUGAACAGGAUGGGGAAAAUGAUAGCGACACUUUCUUUGUCGUAAUGAACAAAUCACAAAACGGAGGAAAAUCCCCUCCUGUUAGUACAGACAUCGAAACCGGUGACUACGACGGAAUUACAAGAAAUGAACAAGUAAAUAGUAAUGGUGUAUCACAGGUUCUCUUCGGUGAAAUAUUGCUAGCUGGAACGCCAUAUUUGGAAACAACUAAUGUCGGUCAACCCAUUGGAUAUGGUAAAGAAUGUCAACCGGAUUGUAAAGCUUCCCGAAAUGAGAGAUGUCAAAGAAUUGAUGGAAUGAUGAAGUGUGUUUGUAGGCCUGGUUUCGCUAGGAUGUUCCCCGACAGACCUUGUAAACCAACAUACACGUACUCAGUCAAAUUAGCUCUAAAAUCUCAAGGGAAUGAACCUCUGAAAUUCCACGAAAGCUUGUCAGAUAAUUCUAGUAAGCAGUAUCACGCGCUGGCCGUGGCAACCCAUGAAGGCAUUAAUAGGAUGAUAAUGCAGUCAGAUUUAAGAGAUGUUUAUCAUGGAGUACACAUAACCGGAUUCCAACCAGUAAAAAUGAAAACAAUAAAUGGUGAGAAAUACCAGGGAGUCAUGAAUGAAUUCUAUGUUCAGCUCUCGGACAACGCCCACGAGAGUCGAUUGAAAGAAGUAAUUGAAAAAUACUUAAGAAAUAAUAACCACAGCCUAGGAGGAACCGAUGUGUAUGCUGCUGAUGAAUUGAUGGACAGAUUGAAUGUCAGCGAUUUCGACGAAUGUCUCAGCACUCAGUUCCACGACUGUUCAGAACACGCGCAGUGCUUCAAUCUACGUGGAACUUAUACAUGCAGUUGCUUAGAAGGGUACGGGGACCUUAGUGUUAACCCGCUCUAUCCUGGCAGAAUUUGCUCCGCGGAACCAGUUGGAUGUGAACGUUGCAACUAUCACGGUGCUUGUUAUUCAAGAGACGAUCAUCGAGUACUUUGUGAAUGCUUCCAGUGGUACACCGGCAGCAGCUGCCAAGUUAACCUCAAAGUGGUGCUAAUCUCCUUGGUGGUGCUAGGUGCAUUACUGACGGUAGUAUUGGCAGUGUGCUCGGUGGUUGCCUGCACCCGCCGGCCGCGACCACCUCAACGCUCCAUUGUCACUUGUAUACAGGGAAUGCCAAGCUUGCACCAGGGUACAACACCGUCUAAGCAGCGAGCUGAUCGUAGAGCGCUGAUAAACGAUCGGACGGAGUCGGGUGACGCGUCUAGUGUACAGAACGCGUCCUUACCGUAUUUGCCAUCUAAGCGUUCGUCAAGCAAGAAGGGUCUGGCGGCGACGAUGUCAGAGCCUCCCGCGCACGCCCCGCCACCGCCGCCGCCGCCUGCAGUAGUCAUACCGCGAGCCCGUCUGCACACACACCACUCCGAAAGCCGAGACAAUCUGGCGAGGAAGAGGAGCUUAGAGCUGAGUAACGAAGCGAAGUUGAUCAGCUAUUUGGAGUCCGGCACAACGACAGCGAAUGAUGAAAUGAGAAGAAAGCAUAGCCUGGAAUCAUCAUACAGUGCACAAAAAGAGCGACACGCUAAGCAAGGAGCGUUAAUAUCAGCAGGCUUCAAGGUGUCGACUACAAUCCGACCAGAAGAGACGGCAACAGAUCGGGAAGACAGAGACGACCUAUCGUCUGUAAGCAAAACUGAUUUGGACGGCGAAUUAUCAAGAUUAAACACCAUGAGAAAGUCAUAUAGCCAAGAAGACAUGUCUGAAUGGACAGACGCUGAAAGAAGGAUCGGAGAAUUGACACUGUCAGAGGCGCGCUCAGUGGGAGGCACGCUUCCCGCAAGCACCGGGAGAGCAGCUUCGUCGACACGUUUGACACAUCAAGAGGCCAACACGAUGGCUGAACGAGACCUGGGCUCCACCUUCCUUCUACCGCACGUGCAUCUCUAUAAACCUGACCUUACGAGUGACGUCUCGGAGUUCGAUUCCCUGUGA